AAUGGUGUCAAAGGACCGAGAAGGGUUUUCGCAUUGAGAUUCUCCCACUCUGGACGCUUUCACCCAGGCUGAAGCUUGCUGGGGCCACCUUAAAAUUUUUACACGUGGGGACUUUUUGUUGAUCUCAGUCUUAACUUUGGCAUACAGAAAGCAGCAGCGUUCAUCGGCAGCCGGGAGAAAAUGGGCGGCAGAGACGGCGGGUUUAUAAUUAAGACGACCAUAAACUUGUUGUGAGGAGGUUGUCUAACUCCUGGACAAUAACAAGCCGCUUAGAUUUUGUCUGGCUGGUAGGUACCGCCUUUGAGAGCUGGCUCGGGAGGCUUCAGUACCUGUUGUGGGUGAUGCAUCUGAACCUGCAGAGAGGGAAAUGACUCGGGAAAGCUAAUGUUACAGUAAUGGAUUCCAAAGAAUUGCUUAACUCGUCGGAUCAAGACGAAACACGGAAAAAUGCGCUCAUCAGUACCAAAGGAGGGAUUGUGAUGGACUUUCAUCCACCCUUCAGGGGUGGAGCUACUGUACAAGCCCCUGUGUCUACAUCUCCUCUCCCUGUGUCUUCUCAGUCAGAUUCCAAUCAGCAACCUGCUUUGGCUGACUUUUCAAAAGGAUUAGUAAACAAUGUGCCUCAGCCAGAUCUUUCCAAGGCAGUAUCGCUCUCGAUGGGACUGUACAUGGGUGAAACAGAUGCAAAAGUGAUGGGAAAUGACCUUGGAUUUUCACAGCAGGGCCAAAUCGGCAUGUCUUCUGGAGAAACAGACUUCAGGCUCCUGGAAGAAAGUAUUGCAAGCUUGAACAAGUCCUCGAGCCUGGUUGAGGACGCAAAGGGAGCAAUAUCUUCUGAGGUGCCGCUGGAGCCGGGUUUCCCAGGCAUGGCUGGCCGCAAUGUCCCUUUAGAGUCAGGAACUGCAGUCCAAAGCCAGGUUGGCUCGAAUGGUGGCAACUUGAAGUUAUUCUCUGAAGACCAAAGCACCCUGGAUAUUCUCCAGGAUUUAGAAUUGCCGCCGGUGUCGCCUGGCAAAGAGCCCAAUGGGAGCCCGUGGAGGCUUGACCCGUUGCUAGAUGACGGUGGCUUGCUGUCCCCUAUAUCUGCAGAUGAUUCAUUUCUCCUGGAAGGAAAUCUCGGUGAAGACUGCAAGCCUCCUAUUUUAUCUGACACUAAACCUAAAAUUAAUGACCGUGGUGACCUUUUACCCAGUUCCAAAAUGCCAAUGCCUCAAGUGAAAACAGAGAAGGAAGACUUCAUUGAACUCUGUACUCCUGGGAUAAAGCAAGAAAACAUGGGCCCAAUUUAUUGUCAGGCAAACUUCUCUGGGUCUAAUCUGCUGGGUACUAAAGUCUCUGCCAUAUCUAUCCAUGGUGUCAGUACCUCUGGGGGACAAAUGUAUCACUAUGAUUUAAAUACUGCAUCGCUCUCUCAGCAGCAGGAUCAGAAACCAAUUUUUAAUAUCAUUCCAUCUCUUCCUGCCGGUUCAGAAAAUUGGAAUAGGUGCCAGGGAUCAGGGGAUGAGACGUUGGCUCCUUUGGGAACGCUCAACCUUUCUGGCAGACCUGCUUUCUCUAAUGGCUAUUCAAGCCCUGGAAUGAGAUCAGAUGUAAGCUCUUCUCCAUCCACAACCUCAGCAACUACGGGACCACCUCCCAAGCUUUGUCUUGUUUGCUCUGAUGAGGCCUCUGGGUGUCAUUAUGGUGUUCUUACUUGUGGCAGCUGCAAAGUGUUCUUCAAAAGAGCUGUGGAAGGGCAGCACAACUAUCUGUGCGCUGGGAGAAACGAUUGCAUUAUUGACAAAAUUCGGAGGAAAAACUGUCCAGCAUGCCGCUACCGGAAAUGUCUUCAAGCUGGCAUGAACCUCGAAGCUCGAAAAACAAAGAAGAAGAUAAAAGGAAUUCAGCAGACUAACGUAACAGGAACGCGGGAUGUUUCUGAAACGCCUGGAAACAAGAGCAUCGUUCCUGCAUCCCUGCCGCAGCUGACCCCGACCCUGGUUUCUCUGCUGGAAGUGAUUGAGCCGGAGGUGCUGUACUCAGGCUACGACAGCACGCUCCCGGACUCCAGCUGGCGGAUACUGUCAACUCUCAACAUGCUGGGGGGACGGCAAGUAGUAGCUGCAGUAAAGUGGGCAAAGGCAAUACCAGGUUUCCGAAAUUUACAUCUGGAUGACCAAAUGACCCUUCUGCAGUACUCAUGGAUGUUCCUAAUGGCUUUUGCUUUAGGAUGGAGAUCAUAUAAACAAUCAAAUGGAAAUCUCCUGUGCUUUGCACCAGAUCUGAUUAUUAACGAGCAGAGAAUGAAUCUACCCUGUAUGUACGAACAAUGCAAACAUAUGCUUAUGGUUGCCCGAGAGCUAUCACGGCUUCAAGUCUCAUAUGAAGAGUAUCUCUGCAUGAAAACGUUGCUUCUCCUCUCUACUGUUCCUAAGGAAGGCCUGAAGAGUCAAUCUUUGUUUGAAGAAAUCCGUAUGACGUACAUUAAAGAGCUGGGAAAGGCCAUAGUGAAGAGAGAAGGGAACUCAAGCCAGAACUGGCAGCGAUUCUAUCAACUGACUAAACUGUUGGACUCUAUGCAUGAUGUGGUUGAAAGUCUUCUGAGCUUUUGCUUCCAGACAUUUUUGGAUAAAUCCACAAGUAUUGAGUUCCCAGAAAUGUUGGCAGAAAUCAUCAGCAAUCAGAUACCAAAAUAUUCAAAUGGAAAUAUCAAGAAGCUCUUAUUUCAUCAAAAGUGACUGCCUUAAUAUAAAAGGGUUGCCUUAAGAAAAUGUCAAAAUGAUCGCGCUUUUUUUGUAAACAAAAAACCUACAGAACUUGUUAAUUUUGUCCUUGCAGCGUGUUCCUUUUGUAAUUAUGCACUACAUGUGGUUUACAGAGGGCCAAGAUUUAGGCUAUAGAAGCAGCGGAUUUCUCACAUUUGGUAAAUAACUGGGGAGAAAGGAAAGGAAAAUAGAUCUUAUUUGUCAGAAAUUAUCUCUCUCCCCUCGUGCAACAUCCAUGGAUGCAUCAAAACCACCGGUGACAAGAUCUGAGGCUGUGUUACGAACAUUCUGCUAAUUAAUUUCUGCAGUUGGCUGGAGACAAUUUUCUAGGCUUUUUUUUUUUUUUUUUUUUUUUUUUUUUAGUAAAGUGUUUCGGAUUUUUUUUUUUUUUAAAGUUAAGGUAGCAUUUUGGUUUAUGCAUGUAACCUGAAGAAAGUUUACAAGUGUAUAUCAGAAAAGGGAAGUUGUGCCUUUUAUAGCUAUUACUGUCUGGUUUUAGCAAUUUCCUUUAACUUUAUAUACCGUGAACUAGGCUUGUUCAUUUUUUCUUACAUAAUUUUUUUGUAAUACUUCAAGAUGCCUAUUGUACAGCUGGUUUUUUAAGGUGGGGCAGCUCGUAGCUUUCCUAAAUGACCUCUAGACCGUAAUCUUUGAGUAUAUUCAUGUGAAAAUGGGUUGGGCUUUUCUAACCUAAUAGCUUUGAACUGUCAAAGUGACCGUAAAAAUUUGGCAUUUUGUAAGGGCCGGGGUGGGUGGGAGAACACUCUCAAAUCUAAUUUAAAUAGAUGCCAAUGAAACAAAUACUUUUGGUAUAUGUGCAAAAGUGUUGGAUAUGCAGAUUCAUAGAAAAUUAACCCAGUCCUAACUGGAUGUAAAUGAGCAGGUUAUUUUAUAUAUUGAAAAAAAAAAAAAAAGCCUGAUUUUUGCAUAUAGUGCAACAGCCAUAACUAUAAGAGUCAUGGGCUGCAUUGAUGCCAAGAAGAUCAGUCCUGACUGCCCAUCAGGAAAUUUUCAGGAAAAUAUGCAUAGCUUAAGAAAAGUUUACUUCUGUGUGGAGAAACUCACAUUUUAUAUACACUUAAAUCUAUCAUCAUACAAGUAUAUAUGGAAAAAUACCAUUGAGUUAAGAGGCAGACGUGUAAUUAUGCCCAGUGGUUUGGUUUUGUUCUGUUUUCUUGUAUCGAUUCUAGAGAUCUUUUCUUCGGUGAGAUGUUUACCGUCAUGCAGGCAGUAAAGCAGAGCAGCUGCGCUGACUGACUGUAACUCUGGAUAUACAGGCUCCAAACUCGUGUGGUUAGAGACCCAUUUUCACAUCUCCACCUGUCACUGACCGGUUCAUCCUCUUUCCUGGAGAGCAGGAAAGCUCCGCUACUGAUUUUGUGGUCUUAGAGUCGUAUGUCAAAUUUUCUGUCUUUGUAAGGCUGCAUCCCUUCAUAUCAAAUUACUAGCGUGCCAUAAAAUUACCAUAGGUCUUGUGAAUUUCUCCUUGUUGCCAUUGAUAACUAUAUUUUAAAACGUUUAGAAGCUGUAGUAGCCUUUUCUACGUGCACCUUAACAAUUUUCUGUAUCUCAAAAUUUAAAUAUUUACUAAGCCACUCUAAAAUUUGAUUUUUACUCAAAGUGGCCAGAUUAUUUGUGUAAUAGAAAUGAGAAAGAUCACCUGAUAAAAUACAAAACCUAAUAUAUUUUUAUAUUUAGUUAUAGUUUCAAAUAUGUAUAAUCGGUAUAUUCGCUGAUCGGAGAAAAGAAGGGAAGGGCUACUGCAGCUUUAAAAGCAAUUUAUUAAACGAUUGUAAAAUAGCUUGUAUAGUGUAUAAUAAGGAUGAUUUUUAGAUGACAGAUUGCUUUAUCAUGAUACAUGUAAUUAUAUUUUUUGUAGGGGUCACAAGUAUGCUGAAUGGUAACCCGUACAAGUUGUGGUUUGUCUGGAGGUAGUACUGAAGGCAUCGGUGUUUAGUAUCCAAAGAAGUACUCUGUUUAGAAAGGAAAACCUGUGUUCAGUGGAUGUUUUUAGGGUUGAUUUUAUGUUUAUCAAAUCACUGUGUAAAAAUUCAAGUUGGAGCUUGGAUGGAAUACUCCUAUCUGUAUGGUUGGUUACCAUUCACGAUUCGUUGCUAAAUCAGACCUCCACUGCAAAAAAUGUAAGCCAGAAAGAUGCGUGUGUUCGCAUGCAUACAUACAGCUUUGAACAUACGGGGUUAAUUUCAUAUACAGCCUCACCUACCACAGCAAAAACAGCUUGAAAAAUUUGGCAAUAAUAGGCAUACAGGUACCAGCAAUAUGUAAAUAUAGAGCAUAGGUUGUUCACAAUACACUAGUACGUUUCUAUUGUUCAGCAAAAGUUUGUUUCCAAGUGAAAUAAGAAACUAAAUUUUCAUCCUUUCUUAAAUCUCUUUUUGAAUGUUAUACCUAUUAAAAAAAGAUACUAUAUUCAGUACUUUGGAGUAAAAUAUCAUCUUUAAUAAAAAAAAAACGUAAUCGUUCUCUUCUCUUUGAUCUGUAAAGAAUAUGUACAUUUUGUAACAGUUAAGGUAAAGUUCAGUAUUUUAAUUACUACUUUCAGCCCAACUCAAUGAGAAUAUUCACGCGACCCGUUUGAGAUACAGAUAGGAGUUUCAUACUGUUUGGUUUCAGGUGGGCUCUUCGGUUAAAAGGAAAACUGUUUUUAUUUUAGAAAAUGUUUUUAAAAAUUGCAUCCCCAGAUACCUCGAUUUGAGCUUGCGUGAAAGAGUGGGUGCGGGUGUGCAUGCGUGCACGUGUGCAAACAUUUGCGCAUUUGUAUACACGAAGAUACAAAACUUUUUUUUCUUUUUUUGCCAGCAGAAAAGUAACUACAGUGAACACGAACAAAUUAUCACCACCUUGAGAGAACUGGUAACAUAGGAGAAGAGAGGCUCUCUACCCCCUUUUUGUCUAUAUGCCUGUAUAUUCAUUUUUAGCUUAUGGGUUUAAGGAGGAAAAAAAAAAAAAAAAAAAGAGGAAACUGUGAUGUUAGAAGAAAGCAAUCGUCCUGUACGUGCUGUUGAGUUUUGAACUUCACAAUUAAAAAUACGUAGUGCUUUAGUAGGCAGUGAGAAGUCCAUGUUCUGUGUAUCCGUAGUCCUUGUAGCAGUGGGUAGUAUCUGCACUCUGGAUAAAGCAGGGAGAAUUCUGACUUCGUCUCUUCAGUGCCUUAUCACAAAGUGCAUGCAUCCGACCGAGGGACGGCCGCCGCCGGCAGCUCAGGACACACACGUGCUGCGUGGUGGAACUUGCACAUAACAAACGCUAGGAAUGGCCUUACGUGGGAGCAGCCAGGGAGCGGGGAUGGAGAGGGAGCUGCUGCCGGCCUCGCACAGCCGGGGUAUCGCCCCGCGCCGCAGCGGCAGAAACCGAGGGGGUUAGGAGCUUUGCAGCUGGGAGGGAGCGGGCUGGGAAUAGGUGCCAAUGGAAGCCGAAAAAGGACCUCGACAUUUUCACAGAAGAAGCUAGAAAACGGGAGGAAGUGCCUGGAUGAACGUCAGCUCAAUCCCGUUUCCCGUAGUCGAACUUCCGCGAGUGAGGACUUCAGGGCCAUACCGUAGAGUGAGAUUUUUAAAAGUCCAUAUGUAUUACAUACUAGUUAAGCUCUAUCCCUAGUCCAGUCUGCAACCGGGUGUUGCUGAGCCAUCGAUGUUACAUAGGAACCAAAUUUUCAGGAAAGGAUUAGGGCCCCUUUAAAACAGCAAGAAGCACUCGUUUUCUGAUGAAAGGCUGUGUGUAUGAAAAUAUCCCCCACCUCCAAACUAACUCGCGUAACAGCAUAGAGUCAGCGAUGUGUCAUUAUUCUAUUUUGUAUAUUAAACAAAAGAUAUAUACUGGGGACAAAUCCUAUAUCAUACCGGUGUAUGGCAUUAUUAAAAAAUCAUUAUUUUUAUCACAGUAAUUUUAAACAGCAUAAAAAAAUUAAACCAGUGACUCCUGUUUAAAAAUAAAAGUUGUAGUUUUUUAUUCAUGCUGAAUAAUUCUGUAGUAACAAGUCUGUAGUUUUCACCUACUCAGUGAAAUGUUGGACUGUAAAAGCUUGUGUGGAAUUGUUGAACAUUUAUUUUUUCAUUUAAAUUUGCUGUUCUGGUAAUACAAAGCCACACAUCUGUACAGAAGUUGCAGUAAAUGUGAGCCAUUUACAGCAAUGCCGAAUAAUGGACAGAAACCAUAUAAUAAAAUUCUGCUUUUUUCAUUAAA